AUGAAAGUUUUAAUUAGAAGUUAAUAAACCAAUUAUUUGCUAAAUUUUGUGGUCAAAUAAAUAAUGCCUCGACUUUCAGACAAUGUCGAAGAGAGCGACCGAAACACUGUUAUUGAAAAAUGUGAACAAUAUUUAGGGGGUAUUUGGAAAAGAGAUAAUUUCACUGUCAGUCGAUUCUCUGAUGGAUUUUUUAAUAAAAUAUUUUAUUGCAAGCAAAAUGUUGCCAAUAAUACCAAUGAUUUGACUGAUUGUGAGCGCAAAGCAGUGGUGGUUAAGAUGGCUCUGGAAGACGAGUUCUUCCUCUACAGCCCAUUCAUAUCAACCAUUAAUACACUACUUCUUUCAAAGUCUGGUUUAGCGCCAAAAGUUUUGGGUAUUUUUCCCAAUGGAAUGAUCUGUGAAUAUAUUGAGAGCCGUUCGUACAAUUAUUUGGAUGACGAGAAUCCGGCGAUCGUAACACUAUUGGCACAAAAAUUGGCAAAAUUUCAUUCAUUAGAGUCUCCGAUACCAAGAGAUGGAACCCAUCGGUGGUUGGAUGUGGUGUUUGACGAGUACUUCAGGGAAGGCAUGUUUGACGGCAUCAAAAGCAAGCAAAUGAUUGAUAUAAUAAACGGUAGUCCUCACGAGUGUCUCAAAGGAGCAAAUUUGGGUCACGAGAUGAGUUGGGUUAGGGAUGCCAUUACCAGUGCACCCAAAAUACUGGUUCUCUCUCACUGUGACUUCAAUCGGGGAAAUAUAUUAAUACAACAAAACGGCUCACAAGUGGACCUCUUUUUCAUUGACUUUGACUUCACGAGUCAUAACUAUCGGGGCAUUGAUUUGGGCCGAUAUUUCUCGAGUUGGAAACAUACGGACCCGCACUUCGGCGCCGAUCCCUUCCCUACCGAUCAACAGAUGACUCCAUUCAUUGACGCAUACAUUCAAGAAUCGGAUCGUUUGACUGGAAAUGAAUUCUCUAAGAAUGUCCUCAACUCUAGGCAUGAUAUCGACGGAAAGCAAUUUAGUUGA